GGACUGUAGUAGUCCUUCUCUUCUGAGAACUAGGUAUGUCCACUACAUGAUGUUAUGAUGUGGAAUACCAAUAACCGAAAAUCACAAAACCAUGACAUAGUCUUAUUAAUUUGGGUGCAUCUAUUGCCUAAGAUUCCUUUUGUCAGCUAUUCUUUAUUUCCCCCCACCAUUAAUCAUUUUAAACUUACAAAUGCACAUUCAAAGCUCCAAGAAGCUUUACUAACAUGUAAAAUUUAUCUAUUAUUUUUGCAGUGUUUAAAGAUGAUCUGGAAUUUCUGUAUUAAAAUAAUGCACUGACUGUUUUUAGAGGAGUAAACAUGAUUCAGUAGCAUUAACUUCUUUUUGUAAUAAUGAAUAGACUUCAAGUUAUCAUGUCCUCCUGCAUAACUUAACUACGUUUGUUUCAGAUCAAUAGGGUGCACUCUGAGACAUUGAAUAUAGCUAGUGAUAGAAAUAGGAGUCGAUAUUUUGUAACUAUGCAAUAGCUCAUAUUUUUGUUUCAACUUGAUGCCGUACUGUAUCCGAUUGAUUUUUGUGUCAGUUGCUGUUUAGCAGGAGCUCAACCUCGGAACUUUUCUAUUAGCUCUAGUUCAGACUGGAGUUUGUCUUCAGUGAGUUAAUGGGAACAAUAUAGCGCGUUUCCAUUCCUGGAUAAAUGCCAAUGGUCAUUUACCUUGUUGCUUAUAGGAAAAAAAUACAUCACUCCAUUUUAAUGAGCAACGAGAGUGCUUCAGUGGCAUAGUCCUCGGUACAUUUAAGGAUUUUAAAUCAAAACCUUAAUUAUUGCGUGCAGUUAUGUACCCAAAGGAUGCAAUCUGUGAAAAUGUAAAAAUGAAUACCUUUGUUAAGAUUUUUUUAAUUUGCUGAAAAUAAACUUGGAAAAGACUGGAUUUCUAACGUCUGUUAGGUUGAUGGACAGUAUUAUAACUUUCAAACCUAGGUAAUUGAGCUGGUGAAGUUGUAAGAGCUAAUACCUUGCUAAGCAAGUUGCAGGAAGAUCUGGGGAAUGUGAACUGCUGUAUAUUUCCCCUCUGAGGUUCCCUGGCUUUCUACUUGUCUGUAGGAGCUGUAUUCACUUAGCACAAGCUUCCACUAAUCCAAGCCCCUCUGAGAAAUAUCCAAGCCGGGGAGCUGACAUAGGAGCUGUCAUAUUCAGCCACCAGGAAGUGUUAGGUCUAGGAGCAUUUCAUUUAUUCCAUUGGUGCUCCUGAUUUACCAGAAUUGUCCUUUCUUUUGCUGAAGGAGCAAGCUUUUCGCAUAACCGAAGUAACUUCAUUGGUUUGUUUCUGUGUAUGUGACUAUCUGGCCAGUGGAUUUCUUGUUCUCAUUUGAAAUUAAGUCAAUCAUCUUCACUUCUCACGCCUUUUUUCUCUUAUCCAGAUGUUCUCCCUCUUAUUUAUUUGAAUUGAAUUCUAUACCUUCUUCAAUUUGUCUUAGACAUCAGUUAUAGACAGGUAACUGACAGCAUCAACAUUAGGCUUAUUUUUAAAAGAAGAAAGCUUGAUGCAACAGGCAUUGCCUUCUUCCUCCCCAGAACUCUCUGAAACAGACCGCGUGACUUCAAGGAAGGGGAACAACUGCUCUAGUAAGGAGUAGAGUGGCAGUGUUGAAGAAGGAGCUCCCCUUUUCCUCUUUGCCAGUUUUUGAGGAAACUGAAAAGGGAAAAAAAAAAAGAAGUUGUUCCGGUCCUUCUAGUUACAGUUUGUUGCCAUGAAAAGGAGGAUAUGAUAGUUUGCCCUAUGAAACAGAUUUAUAUGUGAAAUCUGACAGGUAGCACAACGACCUGUGGAAUAUGAGUGAUGACAAACCCUUUUUAUGCACUGCCCCUGGAUGUGGCCAGCGUUUUACCAAUGAGGAUCAUUUGGCUGUCCAUAAACAUAAACAUGAGAUGACACUGAAAUUUGGUCCGGCUCGUAAUGAUAGUGUCAUUGUGGCUGAUCAGACACCAACACCAACUCGAUUCUUGAAGAACUGUGAAGAAGUGGGCUUAUUCAAUGAAUUAGCAAGUCCUUUUGAAAAUGAGUUUAAAAAGGCUUCUGAAGAUGACAUUAAGAAAAUGCCUCUAGAUCUGUCUCCUCUUGCAACACCAAUUAUAAGAAACAAAAUUGAAGAACCUUCUGUUGUAGAGACAACUCAUCAAGAUAGUCCUUUACCUCAUCCAGAGUCUACUACCAAUGAUGAAAAGGAAGUGUCACUGCAGCAGACUGCGCAGCCCACGUCAACAAUAGUUCGUCCAGCAUCGCUACAGGUUCCUAACGUACUACUUACGAGUUCUGACUCAAGUGUUAUUAUUCAGCAGGCAAUACCAUCACCAACGUCUAGUACUGUUAUUACCCAGGCUCCAUCCUCUAACAGACCAAUAGUUCCAGUUCCAGGCCCGUUUCCACUGCUGUUACACCUUCCUAAUGGACAAACCAUGCCUGUUGCUAUUCCUGCAUCUAUUACAAAUUCUAAUGUGCACGUCCCUGCUGCAGUUCCACUUGUUAGACCUGUCACCAUGGUGCCUAGUAUCCCAGGAAUCCCAGGGCCUUCCUCCCCACAGCCAGUGCAGUCUGAGGCUAAAUUGAGAUUGAAAGCAGCCUUGACCCAGCAGCACCCUCAGGUAACAAAUGGAGAUACUGCCAAGGGACAUCCAAGUGGGUUGGUUAGGACUCAGUCAGAAGAGCCACGACCGCAAUCACUACAGCAACCUGCAACUUCAACAACUGAAACACCGGCAUCACCAGCUCAGCCUACACAACAAACACCAAAUACAGGUGGUCGGAGAAGAAGAGCUGCUAAUGAAGACCCUGAUGAAAAAAGAAGAAAGUUUCUGGAGCGAAACCGAGCUGCUGCAUCCAGAUGCCGACAGAAACGGAAAGUCUGGGUACAGUCAUUGGAGAAAAAGGCUGAGGAUCUGAGCUCACUAAAUGGCCAGUUACAGAAUGAAGUCACCCUGCUGAGAAAUGAAGUGGCACAGCUGAAACAGCUUCUUCUGGCUCAUAAAGAUUGCCCUGUAACCGCCAUGCAGAAGAAAUCUGGCUAUCAUACUGCAGAUAAAGAUGACAGUUCAGAAGACAUCUCAGUGCCAAGCAGCCCGCACACGGAAGCUAUUCAGCACAGCUCUGUCAGCACUUCCAACGGUGUAAGCUCCACUUCCAAGGCAGAGGCGGUGGCCACCUCGGUGCUCACGCAGCUGGCGGACCAGAGCUCAGAGCCCGGGCUUCCCCAGGUCGGUGUGGUGCCGCCCUCCCAGGCGCAGCCCUCGGGAAGUUGAUUAGGAACUUGGUUGCAUCCUUUUCUUAGGUAUUCGUUUGUGACUUUAAAGGGAAAUCAACGAAAGACCAGUCUCCACCUAGGAGAAACUGUAGCUUAAAAUUACUUGGUUUUAAAAUUCAAACCUAAAUUUGGCUUUAACGAUUGACAGGUGAAGGUGAGACAGAACACCAAUUAAAAGUCUCUUUGUAAAAGACUUUUUUUUUCUCUUAAGUGUUAGGUUUACUAGUUAUUUUUUGUGCUUAAUGUGUAAAGUGUAUGUACAGUACAAUGUGGUUUAUUUCAUUUUUAAUUUGGUAUUAUUUCAACAAACAUUGGGGUGAGUUACUAAAGUUCAUCCCCCAGACUGUGAUAGUAAUAUUAUGUGACAUUUUAUACCAAAGUUCUGCAUAGUCCCUAUUGACUUUGUAACUUGAGCAAGGUCAUAAAGCACUAGGCAAGAGAAAGACAGUAACAGUAAAUUUGCUUUUAGUCUUUUUGCCUUUUUGUUGUUUUGCACAUUAUGAGAGGAAGAACAUUGGGAGAAAAAUGUUUGGGUUGUUUUAUAUAUAGCAUUUUGGUUGGCUUUUUAACCGUUGGGUUUUUAAUUUGUUUAAUAGGGCCAGUACAGUAUAUGAGAUACAGUACUCUUAUGCACAUACCUAUCCUAAAUGAGGAUCAUUACUAAAUAGAUUUUUUUUUUUUUAAUUUGUCAGGUGUUUUUUUUUCCCCCUCCAACACUUUCCUUAUGAGGGGAGGAGAGCUUUAUUUCUCCAGUAAGCAUAGGUAUCUGUAACUACCCUUUGUUGUUUGGCUGAAACUAGUAAGCAUAUUGUAAAAUACGGGGUUAUCAAGUAUGGAAUACUUAGUAUUCCAAAGUAGGAUGAUAUUUUGUGGGUUUUUGAGUCGCAGACUGAGUUUACUCAUGGUUUUGGACGCCAGAAAAGCCUAAAAUCCUUCAGACAACUCAAGACUUUUUUUUGUCAUUGUCUUGUAUUUGCAAGCUAACUUGUACUUAAUUCUUGUGUAAGCACUGUCAUCUUUUAGUAGCAAAAAUUUUGAUACCUUUCUUGUGGAAAAAAAAAAUCAGUAUCUACCGUAUCUUGGAAACAAUGUAAUUAUAAUGUGGUGUGUGUGGUGUGUGCGUGAGAAUGGUUCAGUAGUUAAUGCCAGCAGUCUUUUGCUUGAAUGUUUAAAGAUGCCUUCAAUGUGAUGCUGGCUGAUAGGUGAUUGCAGUUUUAAAAUGUUAUUUACUGUGCAAACUUGGAUAACUAACAUUCCAUGAUGUAGUUUGUUUCUGAUGAAAUGAUUGUAGGUACACUUUUUCUCAUUAUCCAAUCAUCUGUAGGAUACUGAGUUUUUUAAAUGUGCCAUUAUCUAUUUUGAUUCUGUACUCAUGUUCAAAAUACAGUACAAUAUUUUACAAUAGAUUAAGUUGUUUAAAAAAAAUAUAGAUGUGUGCUUUCAGGUCGGAAAACUUUGUAUAAUAGCAAAAACAGAUGCAUAGUAGCAACUGGCAGUAAAGCAGGAUUCCAUUAUGUAUAUAACAAAGAUUUAAUGCGUUUAUAAUGGGUUGUGUAGUUCAUUUGCUCUUCCUUCUCCACGCUAUACUACGUGUUUUUAAGUGUCAGUGCCAUCAAAUUUCUAUUUGAUUCAGUUUAAAAUCUAAAAAAUGUAAUUGAUCCACAGGAAAAUCAUGAUUUCUACAAUAUAUAUACAACCAUACUAUACUGAAACUGGACAAAGAAAUAUCUAGGUCAUAUAUAUAUCAUUGCAGGGCUUUAAGCAUGCAAAUAACAAGGAUUCUAAAUAUUUUUUAUUGUAAACUAAGGAAGUUCAGUUGAUAACCUCAUGUGUUUAGAAGUCUUACUUUCCCAAUUUCAGGAAUAAACAAUAAGUUAUCAUUUCCAGGAUGGUAACAUACAAUGGACAUCUUAUGAGAAGGAAAUGAAUUGCAAAGGCACAAAAUGUGAAUUCUGCAGGAAAGCUAUACAGUCACUUUUCAUUGUAGUUUUGGUGGACUUGGUGAGGCCUCAUUGAUUGCGCUAUAAUUUGCUCUCCUAAACACAAAGGCUUUUAAAAUCAUAUUUAUAUAAGUGGAGUUUUUUUUUAAUAACAACUAUCACGCUUGUAAAAUAAGUCUUCAUAAGUGUAUAGGAGACAUGUAAACAGUUAAUGAGUUUAACUGCGGGGCUGGAAAAAGAACCAUUAAAAAUCUGUGUUCAGCAAAUAGAAAACAGUUAUUAGCUCUACUACCAUGGAUUCUGUUUGGAGACGUAUGUCACACUAAUUCUGUACUUAGCAUUUUGGGUCUUUACAUUUGACAUGUUCACAAACUGUACUGUUUUCUUUUAUGUGCAGUUUGCAUGAGUAAAUCAUCAAAGAGAAUAAAAUCUAUCUUUAAGUUAUGUUCCUAUUUUAAUGAAAUUAUAAUUGUUCUAAAAGGCAGCAGCGUCUUCGAACUUAUUUCUUUAUCACUGCACUGAUCAGCAUUUUUUUUGGAAGUUAUUAAUGUCAAAGUAACGUUAUGAAAAUAAGAAUGCAUUCUGUUCUUUUGAAAAUAAAUCAAAUUCCAUUUGCAGUUGA